UGAAGAAAUGGGUAGAGAAAUUGUUCGGCAAGAAUCAAUUAAUAAUCCUGGUGAACGUAGUCAUUUGUGGGAUCAUGAAGAUAUAUUUUCAGUAUUGAAGAAUAAUACGGGAACUAGAGCAAUUCGAAGCAUAUGCUUGGAUAUGUCUAAAGUAGAAGAGUUGCAUUUAAAUCCUGAAGCUUUUAACAACAUGCAAAACCUACAAUUCUUGAAAUUUUAUAGGUCUGAACAUGGAAAGAAGGUGUCUGAAUCUGAUUCCUUUGCAUUGCACCGUAUCUUGAGAUGGUUGAAAAGAGAAAACUCCAAUGAUGGAAAGGUGCAUGGUUUUGAGAAACUUAAGUUUGAUUUCUAUGAGAUAAGACACUUUUGCUUUCAUGGAUAUCCUGCCAAAUCAUUGCCACCAAAUUUUAAUCCAAAGAACCUUGUUGCACUUUACAUGCCUAAUAGCAAAGUUAACAAUCUUUGGACUGGUAACCAGGUAUUUGUUAACUUUUAUAUUGCUUUUUUUUUUUGUAUGCUUUAAAUUGUAAUUUUUUGUAAAUUAGUUA